AUAGGGUGCAUGUUAGGUGGUUUGUACUGCUUUCUCUAAGGCGCCGGGAACAGAAUGGUGCAGCGGAGCACGCCUCUAUAAAAUUCACUUGCUCGCCAUCGGACCGAUCAGUUUUCGUUCGUCAGUGCACCGACGACGACACAACAUGAGACCAUCGUCGAUCGCCACACUUAUGUUACCGCUGGGCGCCCUGGUUGCGAUGCUGCCGAGCUGCGUGCUGAGUUUCCAACCCCACUUGCCCGCCUACUACAGCUCGACGGCCCAGUUCGUCCCCUCGGCCAGUUACGCGCCCCAACCAAAGUCCCACCACAAGAAAAAGGCCCAACAGCAGUUCUAUCAACCACAGGCCCAAUACUCGGCGCCGCAUUACAAUUACGAACAACCCCAGCAUCACCAACCAACCCCACAAGCGUCGCAACUUGAACAGUUGAGCACCUUGUCACAAAAUUCUCCUUCUUGGGGAGGCGCGGACGAGUCAUCGCACGACGGAUCGAGGGUUCAUUUCCACGUCAGUGGCCACAAAGGACCCAAAUCUUACAGAUUUGGAUAUGACACUGGCAAAGGGAAGGCGCGUCAGUUUCGGUACGAGGAGCGCGACGAGCAUGGCGUGACCCACGGCCGCUACGGCUACCAAGACAAGCACGGCAAGAUGCGUGUCGUCCACUACUCGGCCCACCCCAAACAAGGCUUCCAGGCCACAGAGGUCGAUCCCAAAAAGUACAGCAAAUGAUUAAUUCAACGUGUUUAAGUCGUACAAUCAUCCUUCAUCCACCAUUAACAAGAUAUCAGCUCUCAUAUUUUAUCAUAGUUUUUUACUUUUUCCAAUAAAUCUCAUCUUA